ACGAACAUUUACAUUUUCAGUCUCUUUCAAAUAGUGACUCGUCUAUCUCUUCGCUCUUCUUCAGUUCUUCCUCACGCAGGCCGCAGCCAGCCAUGUCUACUUCCAGGCAUCAGCUCCCUCUUCUGCUAGAUUCAGCACUGUGUCUCCUCCUGUUCUUCAACUUGAUUUCUUCCUCUCUCUCUGCCUUCAACAAUAUCACUCGUCUCCCUGGAUUCGACGGACCACUUCCCUUUCGUCUUGAAACAGGGUAUGUGACUAUGAACGAAAAGAGCGGAGCAGAGCUAUUCUAUUACUUGGUGGAGUCUGAAAGAAGCCCAAGCGAAGAUCCACUCCUCCUGUGGUUAGUUGGAGGGCCGGGCUGCUCGGCCAUCAAUGGCAUGACCUUGGACAUGGGGCCUCUCAGAUUUAAGCUUGAUGAUUUUGAUGGCCAACUGCCCAAUUUAUAUGCUAAUCCUUUUGCUUGGACGAAGAUUUCAAACAUGAUCUUCGUGGAUUGGCCUAUUGGUACUGGAUUAUCUUACUCAAAAACUGCACAAGAUUAUACCACAGAGGACGUUAAUGGGACUGAAUUUAUCUACCAGUUUCUUAGGAAGUGGCUGCUCGAUCAUCCGAGAUUCCUCUCAAAUCCUUUCUACAUGGGUGGUGAUUCAUACGGUGGGAAGAUGGCUGUGCUUGUUGCUCAUAAAAUAGUUGAAGGAAAUGAAGGAGGUCAGGAACCUCUAAUCAAUUUCAAGGGUUAUUUAGUUGGUAAUGCCGCAACAGGUGAACAAGUUGAUACCACCACUCAAGUUCCACAUGCUUAUGGAUUGGGAAUCAUUUCUAGUGAACUAUAUCAGCUAAUAAUGGCAAAUUGUGCUGGAGAAGAUUUCAAGCAGCCUCACAACGUGCUUUGCGCCAAUCAUCUUGAUACUUUUAAUGGGUUUCUGUCAGAAAUUAAUUCUUAUAGUAUAUUGGACCCCGACUGUUCUGAUGAACCUCCAAGCACAAAUGAAAUGCCGACAGCUAUCAGGUCUCUAAAGGAGAAUCCUGAAGAUUUCCUCACCUUACCGUCAUCGUCAGUUCCUGAUAUUUCUUGUAUAACUGGUGAUCUUCUUGCAAAUUACUGGGGUAAUCACAAUCUUGUAAAGGAGGCCCUCCAUGUCAAGGAGGCAACUAUUAAGCGAUUUCACCGCUGUGACUUCAAUGUGAAUUCUUAUCAUUACACACGCAGCAUCCCAAGCUCUGUACCUUAUCACUUUAAUCUUAUUACUCGAGGUUUUCGAGCUCUGGUUUACAGUGGUGAUCAUGAUUUGAGGAUUCCAUUCUUGGGCACAUUAGAGUGGAUAAAAUCUCUCAACUUCUCUGUAUUAGAGCCGUGGAGAUCGUGGCAUGCUGGCGGCCAAGUUGCAGGAUACACCAUUUUAUUCUCGAACAACUUAACUUUUGCUACUGUGAAGGGUGGAAGUCAUGUGGCACCUGGUAAAAUGCCAUUAGAAUGUUAUGCUAUGUUUGAAAGGUGGAUUUCUCAUAAGGGUCUUUGAUUUCAGUGAAUCAUAGGAAAAAAAAUAGAGCCAUUUCAAUUAUUCAGGGAAGGAGAUCUGAUGCUCUUAUCUUAAUUAAUAGCAGAAAAUUUGCCUGUGAAUACAAUUUGAUUGUAUUUUUCAUGGCUUCCACUGCAUAUUGAUAUGCUUUUCAUGUUGUAGGAAAAGAAAAUCAAGUUGUUUUGUUAAGUCUUAGAGCUUGUUUGGUUAGAAUACAAGUUCUGUAAGAAGACCGAAAGUUAUUGCAGAAUGUAUCAUUAAUCAUUUGGUGGAAA